AGCCGUCGGUGCGCGUGUCUCAGGUCACCCCGGGAGGUCCUGGGGCUAAGGCGCGACUAUGCACUCGUGGAGGCAGUGGGGACUCGCCGCCUUCCUCAAGGACGCCUGGGCCAAGGAGCCGGUGCUGGUCGUGUCCUUCACGGUCGCGGGUCUCGCUAUAAUCUUGCCCCCACUCAGCCCCUAUACCAAGUAUGCCGCCAUGAUCAACAAGGUUACGCCCUACAACUACCCAGUGCCCCUCCGAGACGAUGGGAACAUGCCGGACGUGCCCAGCCACCCACAGGACCCCCAGGGCCCAAGCCUGGAGUGGCUGAAGAAACUGUGAGCUCCUCCCCUGGCAGGGAGAGGCCCAUCCCCCAGGGCUCCCAAUAAACUUGUGACAACCAACCCCAGCAAA